AUGAUACAGGGAGUAGUGCGCAAACCAGCGUCAGGAACGCAAAGAAGCUACAGUGAAGCAGUNAAAGAAAUGAAGAGAAAAAAUAUUAUAAUUGUGAAGCCAAAAUUGGAACAAGAAAGUGAAACCACAAAAAAGUUAAUAAAAGAAAAAGUGGAUAUUAAGAUCAUGGCGAUGGGAGUAACGAAAUUAAGAAAAGGAAGCAAAGGAACUGUAAUAAUGGGAUGUGAAACUGGAGAGGAAGUAACAAAAGUGAAGGAGACAGUUCAAGCUAAACUAGGAGAAAAUUAUAAAGUAGUGGAAUCACCACAAUCAAAGCCAAAAUUAAAAUCACUGUCGGAAACUAGAUUGACUGAUGAGAUUGANGAUAGUGAAGUGAGCGUUCAAGGUUAUAGUAUAGUUAGGUGUAAUACUGAGAACAGAAAUACAGGAGGAGUUGUUUUAUAUAUAAGGGACGAUGUUAAAUAUGAAAUAGUAUUAGCAAAAACCUUAAAAUUGAACUAUAUAGUAGAAGAGUUAACAAUAAAAGAAGAAUGUAUAGUAAUUGGUGACUUUAAUAUAGAUUUUAUGAUAGAUUCCUUUUAUGCGAAGAAGCUGCAAACGAUAAUGCUGAGCUUAGGUAUGAAACAAUACGUUAAUAAACCGACAAGAAUCACGAAAGACAGUCAGACAAUCAUUGAUUUAAUCUUCGCUAAUAAUGAUAGUUUAGAAGUACAGGUAGUUUACAAAUCUAAAAUUACAGAUCACGCAUGGCUUCAAGUUAAAUUUGGUGCUAAUAGAAGUAAAAAUAACUAUAGAGAAUUUAGCGCUAGAAGCUUUAAGGAAUUUGAUGUAAGUGAAUUUACCAGGUUAGUGGAAAAUAAAUUGCAUAAAAGACGAGAUAUGGAUGUCAGUAUGAGAGCGACAAAGCUAGUUGACAGUAUAGUAGAAGCGUUAGAUGUAGUAGCACCGAUAAGAAAGUUUAGAAUUCCGAAAGUGUGGGAAGGGAAAAAAUGGUUCUCAGAUGAAAUAAGAGAAGCAGAUGAUAGAAGGGAUAAAGUAUACAAGAAAGCGAUUUAUGAAAAUAAUCUCAACAAGGAAAAUUUUACGACUAUGUGGAAAACCUUGAAAGAAAUAAUUAAAGGUAGGUCCAGCGGUACAAAUAAAAACAUUAUUUAUGUUAUCGAGGACAAAGGAAGUAUGGAGAGUUUCGAGAUGAUAGGGGUAGACAAGUUAGAAAAAAUUGUUAUGAGCUUACCAAAAAAGAAAAGUACGGAUAAGGGCAUAACUAGUGAUGUAUUAAAAGCAGCUUUCUGCGCAAUAAAAGAGGAGUUUGCAAAUGUAAGAAAUAGUUUUUUGAGAGUUGGUUGCUGUCCGGAAAGAUGGAAAACUUCGACGAUAGUGCCGAUACCAAAAAUAGAUAAAGCGAGAAAAGCAAGUGAAUACAGACCUAUUAAUAUAUUACCAGUAUUCGAGAAAGUAUUAGAAGUAGUAGUAAACGAACAGCUUGAAAUGUAUCUAGAAAGUAAUGCUAUUAUUAUAGAGCAUCAGUCGGGGUUCAAAAAACAGUAUUCGCGCGAAACAGCGAUUCAAACUGUCAUUGACGAAUUGAAACUAGUAGUAAGUGAGGAACAAACGGUGGGAGUAAUUUUCAUGGACCUUAAAAGAGCGUUUGAGACAAUAGACAGAGAAAGAUUAUUAAGGAAAUUGUAUCAGCAUGGAAUUAGAGGAGUAGUCUUAGAGUGGCUUAAAUCGUAUCUAAGCAAUAGAAAACAGCAAGUGCGAUUUAAUCAUAAGUGGUCUAGAUUACUAACAACAGAAUAUGGAGUACCACAGAGAUCA